CUUUUCGACGCAACAUCAUGUCCAGAUGUUUUGCAAAUUUGGCGGAAGUUUUGUUUUGUGUUUUUAAACAGAGUUAUGCGUUUAUAUUCAUUAUUUAUACUUAAUUAUCUUCUGCCUAUACAUGCAUAUACAUUGUAGCCAUGAGUCGUCAUUUAAGUGAUGAUGACAAUGGGUCUGAGGCUGAUAACGAUUACCGAAACAAAAUUAUUACUUCUUUAGUGCAAAAAACUGGACAUGAACUCGUGGAGAUUAGAGAGCGAGCACUGCAGAAUAUUCUUGCUAAACUCGAGCACGACAUUUUGUCAAUGGCUGACCUGGUUCAAGAAAGAAAACUCUGCAUCAACUUACUAGAAUGGUUUAAUAAAACUCCAUGCCCUAUGAAAUCUGACGUACUUGGCUUGCUGUAUAGAUUCUCAAAGCACCCUUCAUCAAAAGUCCUUCUGAUUGACAUAGGAUCCGUCGACUUUCUGUUACAACUUCGGCCUGACUUAACAAUCGAGGACCAGAAACGUGUAGACGAAAUAUUAGACCAGCUGUUCUGUCUGCCUGAUCCUGAAGUGCCACCAAAACCUUCAAGAAGUUGCACAUAUCAAAGACAGGCGGAUGUGAAUACAGAAGGGGAAGUGUGCCAACAUGACACCCCACUACAAUACACCACGGUGGCACCUAAUGAAUGGAGAGAGCAAUUACGCACAGGAUAUUGGAUGCCAGAGGAAGGGGAAGCUGAUUCUGAUCCAAAUAUAAGCCGACUUACUGAAGAUUAUUUUGGCAAUGAAGUCCAAUUUUUGCCUAGCCAUAAUGGAAAUGAGAACGAACAGGGUUCACAGGGUGCCACGGGGAAUUUUAAGAUAGUGAGGUUUCCAUGGGUGUCACUCACAGCAACAGAUGAACAUGUGUUGUCGUCAACGGAACGAUCACUGCAUAGUUUAAAUGCAGACCAUGUGGUCACGUCAUGUGAGUUCCUCAAAGAUGUCGUAAUGCAGGACUUCCCAGCAGAGACAUUGCUGCAACGCCCAGCAAUCGUACAGAGUCUUGCUCUGUUGCUGGAUGCCUCCCGAGAAGAGAAAGUUGUCACCUCUGCUGUCAGUUGCCUCUCAGCCUUUACUGUUUACCUGCUGCGAAGGCUCGCAUUCUGGAGAGACCCAGCCUUCUUUACGACCAAGACAGACUUUUCCAUGUCAUUAGAGGAGGUAAGCGAACUGUCCGAUGCUAGCUCACAUCUUUCCUCCAUACAAGAUGAUGAUGAUCCAAGACAUCGCGGAGAUGGUAGAGAUCAGGCUUCGGGGAGUUCGUUGACGGCCUCGAGCAGCUCGCAGAAGGAGCGAAGCACGUUGAACGGAACGAUGUCGUCCACCAGCAGCGAUCGUCUGUUCGAGGCGGCGGACGUCACCGCAGAGCAGGUCGCCGCCGCCGCCGCUUCCUCGCUGUCGCUGCCGCAGUUCUGCGUCGGCGCGCUGCGUCCGGCCGUGCAGCUGCUGGCGUCGUGCAGCGCCACCGAGUAUCCCGGUCCCUGCAAGCUUAUGCACUGGCUCACGCUGCUCAUGGAGCACUGCAUCGAUCCCUCCGUGUGGUCGGACCAGAAUAGCCUAGCCCAGGAUAUUGCACAGAGCCUGGAGUUACUGAUAGAGGAAACGGGGAAGCUGGUGCUACAGCUGAACCGUACACCUUACCUAGAGGCUCCAGCUGCAGAAGUCCAACGGAUGAAGUACACCUAUCUGAGCAUCUUCUUCAGCAAGCUGCUGCGCACCGUGACCACUCCUGAGCUGGUUGCUGCGACAAUGUCCACGACAAUCAAGCCACUGCUGAUGACCUUGGCCGCAGACGUGUGCCUGGCUGCGUCGUGCCCUGUUGUCAAGGAGACCAUCGCAGAGUACUUGCUGGUGACAGACGCUAGUCAGUACCAGCUGUUCAAACGCGGCAUCUCGGCUGGAGGCGCAGUCGAAUGUUGCUGCAGGCUUCUAAUGCUCAUGCAGCAGACAGAUGGUCAGGUGAGCCUCAAGUUGCAGCUAGCUAACGAUGCUUUACCCAGUCUUUAUUAUCACCGCUAUCUGCCAUUUGUGGAGAACUGUAUUAAGCUUUGCUCUGACAUUAGCCAGGACACCAAUGCCUCGGCAGAUUCUGAGAUUGAAAGCAAAAAGCUACUGCUAAAGCUGUUGUCCCAUUAUGACAUGGAGCUGCAGAUGCAUGCCUUACACUCUACUGUAAACAUUCUGCAGGCGGCUCUACAGGUGAGUGCAGCCGUGGAUCCAAGCUCGGUAGCAUGUCGGCGUACCUGCUUCCUCAUCAAUAGAGAUGUGCUCUACCACGUCUGCUCUAAGAUCAUCCCUCAUCAACAUGUCAAGGUGUCUCGAUAUGGUGGCCAGAUACUGUUACAUUUGCUGAAGAGUCAGCUGCUUAUGACCACCUCCAUGUGGAGUCAGCUGAUGGACCACAUCAGUACACUGAUGCCGGUACUCCAGGGCUAUACGGACAGUAACAGUGAUCUUGGGAAGUGUUUGUUACAUUUGGUUGAACUGCCAUCUGAUGGUAACUUUGAGAAGUUAUCCAGCCUUGAGGUGUUGAGAGGAAAUGUGCGACUGCUUUUCUCCCCGGAUCAUCGAGUCAGGAUAGAUGCUGCAUCAAGACUCGUGACGAUGCUAGCACGCGAGGACAAUGCUGCGGAGAAGCACCCAGAUCUAACGCACGCGCAUGUAGCCUGCCUGCCAAAUCUCUUUGUUCUGGAGCAUGCGAGAAGCCUCGAGCCCACGUUCGUCUCCGCAAUUCAAGCUGAGGGAAUGAGGAAGGUGUGCAGCAUUUUCACUUCCGCCGAGAAAACGGAUGCAUCCAUUAGGAAGGUUGCCUGUGAUCAGCUGGCUCUUAUACUGCAAGAUGUCACAUUGCAUCAGGCAUCUUUAGAAGUAGAUGUCUUGCCCCAUGUUCGACAGCAUUUGACCUGGGCCCUAGCUAGAGACAGUGAUAAAGAGCAAAGUUAUAUUAAAUUCAUCCCUGGCUGUGUGAAGAUAUUAAGGCUCUUGACUCACCACUCAUACAGCCUGCGUCAUAGCUCUGCUCAUGAAUCUCUGGUUUACUUCCAACUGCUCAGAGCGGCUCUGAUGUAUCAGGACGAUGCAGAGACGUGUUAUGACAUCGCUCACCUGCUCAUCCUGCUGCUGUUUGACGAGGUUGCUAGCAUCGGUGCCACUGUCGAAGGGGAGUCGGAUUCAAGCCUCAGUCUUGACAGGGGCUUUUCACUUCCAAGCAUUGUUGCUAACCUGUACAAGCUGCCUUUCAAGCCGACGAGUCACGAGCUGGUGACUACGGCGUGCACGUGUUCGCCCGCUCCCGAUCGCGACGAGCUGCUGCAGGAUGGCUGGGCAAAGGAGCUGAGGGUGCAGUGGAACGUGUCGUGGCACAACGGCAUGGAGGCGCUGGUGGCCUACCUGAGGACUGACGCGGCCAGCCGGCUGCAUGUCGAAGAUUUUCCAGAGCACCUGAAGCUGUCGGAGGCCGAGGAGGAGGCGGUGAUGGCCGGCGCGAUUCUCUGCGGUCUCCGACACUCUGUGACGGCGGUGACGAACGCGACGAGUCACGCUGCCGUGAGACAGGCCGUCGGCCGCAUGUGCACUUACUUGCUGUUGCGCAGCGCCCACGCUGAUGACGCGGUGUAUGUGCUGGAGCAAGCCAGCUGGAUGGAGGCAUUUAGCAGGUUUCUCGAAGUCCAGCCGAAUUCCGCGGCAGACGAGGAGCUGGUGAGAUAUCUGCUGGUUGCCGUGACGACGAUGCUGGAAAUAGCACCGUCCCUCCCAGAGUCGACACGAACUUGGGCAUGGAAAGUGCUGGCAGGCUCGGAUAGCUCAUUGACCAGUAUGCUUCUGCCACCAGGAAGCAGCAGCAGCAGCAGCAGCACCUUGGCUACAGAGUCGCCCUCUAGUAAGGAGCUGCUGGCUUUAGUGAGGGUAUACACCUCCAAAGUGUGCAUCGAUGAACUCCAGAGGCCACCAACUGGAGUUCUUGUACAGAGUCUUCUUGGCCACCUUAACAUAGCUGGAGCGACACACUUUUACAACCUUGCUGCACUGGAGAGCACCCUGUCCUGCUUGGUCUAUAUCACUGCUCGCCCUGGUUGGUCUAAGGGAUGUGCAGAUGGAGAAGGACUGAAACUCUGCAUUGAUCUUGUACAUGCUUUGAUAGAGGUGGUGAUGUCAUUUCACAGAGGAAGAGGUGGAAUCUCUAUGUCGUUUAUGGGAUGUGCAGUUACCAGAGCAGCAACUGUAUGCCUACAACAUGUUGCUUAUGAAAUGGCCGCCACAUUCCCUGAGACUAACUGGGAGCAGGAGUGGAUCUACACGAGUCCUCCCACGACUUCCUCUGAUAAGCAGACAGGACUCGGCUCUUCAUGGGUAGUACCACUGUGGGCUUACAGGGAUCCUGAGGUACGAGCAGCCGGCCUAGCCAUUGUUGCAGCUCUUACGCAGAGUGUUAACGGUAGGAAGGUGAUGCUGGCUAGUUGUCCUGAUAUUCCUGGAGGAUUAUGGGGAGCAACACUGAGCUACCUACUUGACCACUCAGAGGCCAGCAUCGUUCGAGAGCAGCUUUGGUGCUGGUGAAUCUCACAUCGCAGCCCUUAGCUGAAUCUGCUGACUACACUGACCCUCCCUGGCUGGGACCGAUCGUUAAGGAUGAGGAAUCUGGCGUGUCCUUGGUGGGUCUGCCAGCACUGCUUGCACUCCUGCAUCACACACACUUCUACAACCAGCUGGCAGACAUGCUUGCAGAUUUCUAUGUUCCGGCUGAGGUUACUUAUCACUCUCUGCUAGCUGAAGCUGCCAGUGCAACGACUCCUUCAGAGAACAGCUUGCCUAUUGUCACUGCAGCAGCAAACUUUGGAAGGUUCCCACUUCAUACUAAUGCAGUUGCCAUGCCGACUGCACAAACACCUGUCACGAUAACAACAGGCACAAGUACUCCUGCAUCAGUUCCUGGUACAUGUAUAUAUAUAUAUAUAUAUAAUAAUGUUCACGGUAACCCUCUCAUCACUCAAUUCACAGAGGAAGUGUCAUACCAGUAUAAUCAAUGUUGACAACAUGGUCUGCAGUUGGGAAUGGUCAGAUGUAAACUUUUUGCUAGUGUGUAGAAAGAGAGAGAGAGAGAUGAUGAU